GGGUCGCGGCGGCGUCAACGGCGUCAACGGCGGCCCCGGCGGUGGGGGCCCAGGCUCCGGAGCAAGAUGGCGGCGCGAGUGCUGCGUUCCCGCGGAGCGGCCUGGGUCGGCGGCCUCCUGCGGCGGGCCGCCCCUUGCAGCCUCCUACCCAGGCUCCGGACAUUGACAUCUUCUGAUAACAGACCUCGAGAAGACAGCUGGUUAAAAUCUUUAUUUGUCCGGAAAGUUGAUCCAAGAAAAGAUGCUCACUCUAAUCUUCUAGCCAAAAAGGAAACAAGCAGUCUAUACAAACUACAGUUUCACAGUGUUAAGCCGGAAUGCCUAGAAGCAUACAACAAAAUUUGUCAAGAGGUGUUGCCAAAGAUUCAUGAAGAUAAACAUUACCCUUGUACUUUGGUGGGGACUUGGAACACGUGGUAUGGCGAGCAGGAUCAAGCUGUCCACCUCUGGAGGUAUGAAGGAGGCUAUCCAGCGCUCACAGAGGUCAUGAAUAAACUCAGAGAAAAUCAGGAAUUUGUGGAAUUCCGUAAGGCAAGAAGCAACAUGCUUCUGUCUAGGAAGAAUCAGCUGCUAUUAGAGUUCAGCUUCUGGAAUGAGCCUGUCCCACGGUCAGGACCUAAUAUAUAUGAACUCAGGUCUUACCAACUCCGACCAGGAACUAUGAUUGAAUGGGGCAAUUACUGGGCUCGUGCAAUUCGCUUCAGGCAGGACAGUAGUGAAGCAGUUGGAGGAUUCUUCUCUCAGAUUGGGCAGCUGUAUAUGGUGCAUCAUCUUUGGGCUUAUAAGAAUCUUCAGACUAGGGAAGACAUACGGAAUGCGGUAUGGCAUAAACAUGGCUGGGAAGAAUUGGUGUAUUAUACAGUCCCACUUAUUCAGGAAAUGGAAUCCAGAAUCAUGAUCCCACUGAAGACCUCACCCCUCCAGUAAAGCUAUGGAAUUUAGAUGUGCCUACAUAAAUUGAUGUGACAAGUAUUUGUCAUAAGUUAAUUUUAAUUGUAUAUAAAGUGAAAAAGAAAAAAGUGUACACUGCUGUAUAUAGCUUAUGAGAGAACCUCUUUUCUUUAAAAUCUACAUAAUCACAAGAAAGGAAACUAUUACAGUUUGGUUGUAACAGUGCUCUGUAGUCCUCUUUGAAACAUCCCUGUGUUUGUCAAAUAUACCUUGUAAUACUGAGCCACCACCCCUCCUCACCCUCUGGAAAAAAAGGGCCCAAAUUAAAAUUUGAAUAAUCUCCAAACAAGAAUAUAAUCUUGGGGGGAAAAGUUGCUAUUUCCUUAUAAAAAGCAAAUCUGUUUUAUAAUUACAGAUUUUUAGACAAAUUUCUUGUAUCAGGAAGAAAUAUAAAUUUUGUCAUGUUUCUCUAACAGUCUUUCUGAGUCUCAGACUGGGAACAAAUUAUGAGUGUAUGCACUACCUGAAAAUGUUUUAAUUCACUCUCAUUUUUAAUCAGUCAGUGUCCAUUACUCAGCUGGUGUGGUUGCCAGGGUACAUUUAAUUCAGUCAUCACAGUGUAUUGUGAUAUCUCAGUAUGAGGGGGGAAAUGGCUUGAACCUGUAUAUCAUGUGAUUUUGAAGUGAACACCUUGAAUAGCACUAAUUUUUAUUUGUAAUAUUUUUCUAUAACAAAAUGAGUAGCACUAGGAAAAGAGGUUUUAUUUUGUAAACAAUCAUUUGUGAUCUCAGACGUUCUCUAGUUAAUAUUUUAGUAAGCUCACAGCAUAUACUUCCAAAAUCAUGGAUGAAGGGUGGUGCAUGUUGACAUUUAAAUUGGCAUAAAGCUGCAUACUUUAUCUAGCUGUUUGAUUUUGUUUUUUAAUACAGUGUGCCAAUUUUGUGAAUGUAAUCAUGUGAAAGUCCUGUUGAAAUGAAAAAUUAUAUAUGACCCCAAAUUAAAGAAUUAUGUGUAAAUUGAAUAAAUCUCAUCAAAUGUCAAACUUUUACAUGGGAAUGGUUUUCUCCAAGAACAUACAAAAGUCAAUAAAAUAUUCUUAAUUUUCA